UAUAACCUCAAUCUUUUAGUCUUCACUUUUGUUUAAAGCUACAUAAAGUAAAUGAUGUGGCCAAGUGUUAGUUAAGUAAAUUCAAGUAUACACACUUAAGGAUAACUAGAUAUUGUUUAGUAUUGCUUCGACGAGUACAUAACUAUGUUUUCAAGGAAACUUUUUCUUAUUUUUAUUUUAUUUUUAAUUAUUAAAAUAUGUGUUUCACAUUCCCAUUCUCAUGAUGAUCAUCACGGGCAUUCCCAUGACGAACCUGCUUCAUUCAAAUAUUCAAGAGCAGCGAAUGAACCAAGUCACCAUGAGCAUGUUCAUACUCAUGAACACCAUGAAGAAGUACCCCUUAAAUCUAAAAACCAAUUAAAUACUCAGGACUUAUGGAUCCAUGCAAUGGGUUCAACGUUACUUAUUAGUGCCGCUCCAUUUUUUAUCUUAUUCUUUGUACCCUUAGACAAUACUGAAAGCAGCCAACCUCUUUUAAAAAUAUUAUUAGCCUUUGCUUCUGGAGGUUUGUUAGGAGAUGCCUUUCUACAUUUAAUUCCGCAUGCCACUAUGGCAAUAGAAGAGCAAAAUCCACAUAGUCACAGCCAUUCGCACAGUCAUGAACCUGGAGAAGAACAUUCUCAUGAUAUGUCUGUAGGCUUAUGGGUCCUUGCCGGCAUAGUGGUAUUUUUAGUGGUGGAGAAGUCUGUAAGAAUCCUUAAGGGUCCCAGUCAUAGCCAUUCCCAUAAUGCUCCAGUCGCUUCCAACGAAAAAACUGCCACUAAGAAAGAUAGCGGCGACAAAAAAGUAGCCAAAACACCAAAGAAGGAAGAAGAACCAGUGAAAGAAAUUAAAGUAGCUGGAUAUUUGAAUUUGGCUGCAGAUUUCAGUCAUAACUUUACAGACGGUUUAGCUAUUGGUUCUUCCUAUUUAGCUGGAAAUACUGUAGGAAUAGUCACUACAAUCACCAUUCUUCUACACGAAGUUCCUCAUGAAAUAGGAGAUUUUGCGAUUUUACUUCAAUCUGGAGUUUCAAGAAGAAAUGCCAUGCUUCUACAAUUAACUACCGCCCUUGGUGCAGUAGCAGGUACCGCUUUGUCGCUCCUUGCUCAGAACAGCGCCGGCGCAAUGGCAGCCACAUGGAUAUUACCUUUUACUGCCGGAGGUUUCAUAUACAUAGCAUUGGUGUCAGUAAUUCCUGAACUUCUAGACGAAGAGAAACCUAGUGUACUUCAAACCCUUUUACAAGUCGCCGCAAUGUUGGCGGGCGUUGGCAUGAUGGUCAUUAUUGCCGAGUACGAAUAGAUUCCUACUAUUUUAAACACUGUCUUUAUACAAAUUUUAUUUUUUACUUGUAUGUGAUCUCUAAAAGCGUGUCAGGUUGAUGUAAAUAUUGCAUUUGUUGGCGACAGUUCGUAAGACUAAUAAGAUAUAAAGAUAGAAAUAAUAAAUAUAUAUUUUCUUUUCU